UGCAGUGCUUGUGACCCAUCAUGAAAACGUAUCAGUACACAUUGCGCAAACACCUACAGUAGCAACCCGCUUGGAGAGCAGAGUUGCCUAUCCCGCACCGUCUGACCCUAUCCGGCGUCCUGUAUGAUUGGCGACUUUCAAGUUGCUGUAUCCAUCUCUGUUGCUCUGGAUGUGACCAAUCAGCAUCAAUGCGGCUCCAAACCUGGGUCAACAGCGCCCAAGCAUGUUGCCGGUCGGUAAUGGUAGUGACUCGACCGAAUUAUGAAGAAAGGAGGUAUAAGAUCUUAUCGACCCUCCAGUCUUGUUCUGUAUUAUUAUCAGCCCAAAAUCACUGGGACACAUUGAUCCCGGUGUUCCUUAUCACCCUUUUUGACAUUGCAUGCUGCUCCCCUUGCAUACGCGUGAGAAAGGCUGUCUACGGCUUCCUCGACCAGAUAGGACAGGAGACAGAGCAUUGUCACUUUCUCUCUCUACAAUCGGCCGAAACAGUGUUGUGUCGCCGUGGCGCACUGGCAUCCUAAAGGAGAGACCCCUCUAUCAACACCAACCGUCCUUUUCUCUGUCCCCUCAACACGAGCGUCUUGUGAUCCACCAGCUUCACGAUGCCAGCAGCGGAAGACACACGCCCAAUGUCCACCAUUACGGAGUUUCAAGAGAAAGUCUAUUCUCUCGUCCUCCUCAUCCCGCCCGGCCAAGUCACCACCUACGCCGCCGUCGCCAAGGCCCUCAACACCUCACCGCGCGCCGUAGGCGGUGCAUUACGCUGUAACCCCUUUUGGCCGACUGUUCCGUGUCACCGCGUCAUUGCGAGCGAUGGGUCAUUAGGCGGAUUCUUUGGACAGACUUGGCAGAAGAAGAACAAGAACACCCUCACCACAACCACCACGACCACUAGAACCAAAAUCAGAAAGACAAAGACGAAGACAAAGACGAGGACUACCACCACUGCAAAGAACCGAACAACACAAGGCCCAAACAACAACCAAUCCAAAUCCAUCUCCCACCCCCAAUUGACUCUCGAGCGGAAAAUCCAACUCUUGAAAUCCGAAGGCGUCGAAUUCAUCCAGCAUGACCAAGAGAAUCGAAAUCACAACCAUCGUGAUAGAGGCCCCAUUGUCCGACUCAAACGACUUCAAGUACCGUUGGCAGCGCCACCGCUAUUAGAGACCAAAUGGGACGUAGAUGCCGGUAGACAAAGACUCAAGCAGAUCAUGGCGUCUUCGUCAGUGUCGGUCUGCCACCACCCCUAACUUUGAAGGAUAUCUUGACAACAACAACCGCCGCCACCAUAACAACAACAACAACAACAACAACAACAACAACACCCCCAUAUGGCCCAAAAGUCUGGUUCAAUGGGCCCCUGGGACGCCAAUACCGCCAGACAAAAACUUGAGCAAUUAAAGGGAUCUACGUCGGUGUCGGUAUCUGACCGGUGUCCACUUCAGCGGCGGCGUCAUCUCUGGUGACCAGACGAACAGCAAACUUCUCUAAAUAAGUCCCAGCGGAGAACAAUGUCUCUGUGCCCUGUCCCUGAGCGUAGUAGACUCGCUUGCCAUGAAGUCGACCAUUACGACCUUGGGUAGGCGAAAUUCACCUCCGCAACGAUGGCAGUUUUCCUCUCGGACUUAGUUUAUCCAUUAUUGGGAUAUGGGCAACAUUUCAACCACUUCGACGGAUGAGGUCUUAGAUGACUCUAUGGUUAGCUUCCCAGGUUGCUGAGCAGUGUACCUAUUCGCAUAGCAUAAUACAGGAGGCGGUAUCAUGUUUGUAAAGAAAUCGAUGGCAACGUUUUAGCAGUAUUGUUUCAUAUCCACCCCUUAAUCCCAA